AACAAUAUAACUGCAAGCUGAGAUUUAAUUUUCAAAAGUCAACCCAACCAAUUUGCAAAGCACAAAUAUUCCCACAGAGCAGCCUAAAUUUAAAGAGCCUGUCGUCUCCCCAUUAGGACAUAUAGCACAAAUUAAACUUAGUCAAUCCAUACCCUUUUAUUAGUAGUAAUUAAUUAACAAUAUUAUGGCAACUCAGAAGCUAUUUGCUCUUUGCUUAUUCGCGCUCGUUUUCGUUCAUCGGGCCAGAGCCCAAGGCCUGUCGACCAAUUUCUAUGACUCAACGUGUCCGAAUGUUGGUGCUAUCGUGAAACAAACAACCGCAAGAUUCAUUUCCCGAGCGCCAUCACUUGCACCGGCUUUACUUAGGAUGCAUUUCCAUGAUUGUUUUGUUAGUGGUUGUGAUGGAUCCGUACUUCUAAACUCAACAGCCAAUAACACGGCCGAGAGGGACUCAUUUCCGAACCUUAGCCUUAGAGGGUUUCAAGUCGUUGAUGCUGCAAAAGCUGCAUUGGAGAAGUAUUGUCCCGGAAAAGUUUCUUGUGCCGAUAUCCUGGCAUUAGUUGCUCGUGAUGCAGUUUCACAGAUAAAGGGACCAUUUUGGGAAGUUCCUUUGGGCAGACGAGAUGGAAGUGUAUCGAUUGCGAAUGAGGUGCUAGCGAAUCUUCCGCCUCCAUUCUUCAAUAUUAGCCAACUCAUUUCCAAUUUCGCGGGCAAGGGUUUAAGCGUCAAGGACCUCGCUGUCCUCUCAGGUGGACACACGAUCGGGGUUUCGCACUGCUCGAGUUUCACGAACCGACUGUACAACUUCACGGGAAGGAACGACGCGGACCCAAGCAUGGACCCGAACUACGUGGCGGCACUCAAGAGGCGGUGCUCCCCUACGGACACGACCACCAUAGUGCAGAUGGACCCCGGCAGCUUCAUCAAUUUCGACACGGACUAUUUCUCGAUAGUGAAGAAGAGACGGGGGCUUUUCACCACCGAUGCUGAGCUUCUGAAGAACGACGAGACGAGAGCGUACGUGCAGCAGCACAUGACGUCAUCUGGUGACCCGAGUUUCUUCGCGGAUUUUGCCGAGUCAAUGGUGAAGAUGGGCAAAAUUGGGGUCCUCACGGGGACUACUGGCCAAAUCAGAAGGGUUUGUUCUGUUGCUAACUAAUUUAUUGGUUGGGACUUGGAUUGUGUGGAAUUUGAUCUAUUUUUCAUUUCCUUUUAUUGCAUUUGGUUGUUUGUUUGAUUAAUUGGUGUGUUUUGUAAUUGUGUUUCGAGUCCUGGGAUGAUUUGGUUGUAUGUUUUGUGCAUUCAUU